CACUCCCCUCAGCGCGAUGGCGGCAGCAGGGGCGCCGAUGGGGCCGGGACUCUCUCUGGACCCAGGACUGGGGCCCAUCCUGCGGGAGGCCGUGGCGGCUCUGGACCGAGCCGGGGCCGGGGCUGGGCUUGCGGCGGCCCUGGGCGCUGUGCCCGCCGCUCUGGCGGCGGCGGGCGGCCCAGCCGCCCUUGGGGAGCGGGAGCGGGCGCUGUUCGGCGCCUUCCUGCGCAGCCUGGCCCGGGUGCCAGGCGCGGCGCGGCCCGAGGGCGUGUGGCAGCGCUGCUUCCUGGAGGGCCCGCCCGGCCUUGUCCUCUGCAUCUUGCUGGAGGCCCUUGGCUCCACGGGCUCUGGCCUUGACCCAAGGGAGGUAGUUGAAGUCCUGGAGCAGUUCCUGCAGAAGGGCCGGGUGUCAGCGUUGCUGUGGGAGGUCUGUCAUCAGCAGGCACAGGCGGGCUGCCUGGAGCUGCAGGACUCCCUGCUCAACAAGAUCGUGUGUUUGCCCGAGCAUGUGAGCAAUAAACUCCAGGGGGAAAACCCACCAGUGUUCUUCCCACAGAACUACUUCCCUCUUCUGGGUGAUGCAGUUCUCCAGGUGCUAGAGAAGAUCUCUGACUCUCUGCAGGGUGGCUUGGACUGCUCCAUCUCUUUUGUUUCUCAUGUCCUGGGGAAGGUGUGCAUUCAUGGAAGGCAAAAGGAAAUUCUGGGAGUUUUGGUGCCCCGCCUGACAGACCUCACUAAGUCAGACUGCAUCUGGCAGAGGAUAUGCUGGCGGUUGGUGGAAUGUGUGCCAGACCGCUGGAUGGAAGCAGUGGUCCUUGGUUUUGUGCAGAGAGCACCCGGGGCAGAUGCCUUAUCCAGAUUGCUGGGGAACCUGGUUGUGAAGAACAAGAAGGCUCAGUUUGUGGUGACACAGAAGAUGCUGCUCUUGCAGUAUGGCCACACGACGGCAGUGCUGCAGAACCUCCUUGGCUACCUGUCCCUGGACAGCCUCCGACGCACCUUGUUGCUCAGAGCGCUGCAGGAGCUAUUGGAGACCUGGAGCAGCAGCAGUGCUGUGAAACACUCCCCAGCUGAGCAGCAGCUGUACAUUAGCAAGGCUAUCCUCAUCUGCCUCUCACAUCUGAAGGAGCCUGAAAUUGAGAGCUGCAGACAAGAGCUUCUGACAAGCAUGAUGGAGGGUGUGAAAUGCCAUUUGGACAGCAGUCUGCCACAGCUAAGGCGUCUGGGCAUGGUGGUGGCAGAGGCCAUCAGCUUGAAAAUAAACACUGAGGGGCCUGUCCUGAAGUUUGAGUAUGAAGAAGAUGAUGAAACAAGAGAAUUGAAGUCACUUCUGGUGCAGACUCCAUCAUUCUGUGUUUCCUCCAGCCUUCCAGAUGAUGACAGGAGUGAGAAAGCAGGUGUUGCACUCCCACUGGUACUGGAGAGUAAUGAGAAAUCCCAUACAGAGGCCCCUGUGAUACCAGAUGAGGAGUCAGAUGCUGAGCUUGACAGUGAUGAUGACCUCAUCCCUUAUGACAUGUCUGAGGAUAAAGAGCUAAAAAUUAAGGCUCCUGUGUAUAUCCGAGACUGUAUUGAGGUUCUGACUGGAUCAAGACCUGAAGAUGUGGACAAAUGGGAAGCUACAGUCAAGGCCCUUGAGAGCUUGGUAUGGAAGAAUCCAGCAGCAACCAGAGAGGUUAGUGUGGAGCUGGCAAAAAUAUUAUUGCAUCUGGAGGAGAAGACCUGCAUUGAAGGCUUUGUGGAGCUCCGUCAAAGAGCUCAAGUAGCUGUUUUAACCACAGACCCAAUACCUGUUGCAACGUACUUGACCUCUCAGUUCUACUCUCUGAACUACAGUCUCCGUCAGCGCAUGGACAUCCUUGAUGUUUUGGUUUUGGCAGCUCAGGAACUGUCCUGUCCCAAAUUCCAUGGGAAGACCAAGCAUUCUGGUGUCCAAAAGCCUUGUAUCCCUCUCCUUCCAGGAAGUGACAGCUCUAAGGACUGGAGAAGAAUUGUUGAUGAGAGGAUCAAAAGCAAGACUCGGAGAUUUGAUAUGGGUCACUCUCGUGUGGAACUGGCUUCUCACCCAAAUGAAUUCAAUUCUGUUGCUGGGUAUUUCUUUUUCCCAUUGAUUCAGCACUUUGACAGGCCUUCAACAACAUUUGAUCUUCUGGGGGAAGAUCACUUAGUCCUUGGAAGACUGGUUCACACUUUAGCAAUCCUGAUGUACUUGGCUGUCAACACUGUGGCAGUGACAGCAAUGGGAAAGGCACUGCUGGAGUUUGUUUGGGCGCUGCGUUUCCACACAGACUCGUACGUGCGCCAGGGCCUUUUGUCUUGUAUCUCCUCCCUUCUCCUCAGUGUCCCUAUGGAGCGUAUUCUGGCAGACAUGACAGAGGAACUGUUGGAGACUCAGUCCUGGCUGGGAGAUGUGAUGGAGAAAGACCCUGAUGGAGACUGCAGAAGGCUGGCCCUACAGAACUUGCUGCUGAUGGAGAACCUGAAAAAGAAACUUGAAACUGUUCCUUCCUAGCUGAAGGGUAACAAGAAAUGACCUUUACCUUGUGCUCCUGCCAGCUGGAUGUGUUUGGGCACUGCUGGGGCCUCUUCAGCAGUCACCUGGCUGGAGGAGAGGAAGAAAGGGGAGGAUGCUGAGCUGUAAGCCAGCGAGCCUGACUUGACAUCUGGACUUUGUAGUGGAGGCCAAUUGAGUGAGCUCUGAGUAUCCGGUACAGCGUGUACAGAUGCAGGAAGGCAGGCGAGUGCUGCCAUCCUCACACGCCCCCAGCCCCCACCCUAGCUAUUUAUAACCUUGGCAGGUCUGAGCACUCAGCUAAAAAUACAGGGAAGAUCUCACAGAGCCUUCUUGUCAGAAAAACAGGAGGGCUGGGGAGGCCCACUUGCCACUAUGACUGCCCUUUUAGAAGCUCCCACGUCCCUGAGCAGCUGGAGUAUGGGGGAGCAGCUGUUUGUCUGCUGCUGGAAGGAGUGCCAGGGUGGAAGCAAUGGCACUGCUGAUUGUAUGCAAGCACUUGUUCAGAUUUUGACCUUAAAAUCUCCCCAACCCUUCUUCCCUGAAAGCAAUUUAGAAACUUCAUCUCAAGUUUUGAAGCAAGUCACAGAACAUGAAAAAUCAUUCUAAGUUUAAGGGCUGUCUGGUAAGAAACAUGAUACCCCUUGGCAGGGCAGGGUGACAGGCAGAGAGGUGAAUAGAACCUUGGUUGUUACAUUGAGUUUAACUUCUCUCACUCCUGCUUGUGCCAGGGAAGAAAUUUGCCUCCAAAAAUCUGACUACUUAGUAGAGAGUGGCUUGAUGUAACUGGUGUUUGGAGAAGGAGCUUCAAAGUAAGAAAGAAGCUUCACUUGCUCAGCUUGAGCAGGGGUUGGACCAGGGGGCAUCCAGGAUCCCUUCUAACCCAGGCAUUCUGUGACUCUUGAGAUUUACCCCAGAUGUCUUUAAAUGGUUGCUCUACUCUACAUGAUCCUCUGAUGUAUUUAAACACAGAAGCUUUUGUUUGGGAAACUCUGCCUUCAACCUGCAGGAGUGGGUAGUUUGACUUUUAACCAAGCUCCUACCCAAAUGGGAUGGAGAUUGUUUUCAGAAGGUCUCACUUCUAGGGAAUCACAGUUGGGCACCUUAGCAGGUCAGAGUUGUACUUGAAAGGCAACUCACAGUUUCCACCUCAGUUAUUCAGCUCUUCUAUACUGAGAAAAAAGUGAAGUUACAAUAUACAGUUCUGACUGUUUUUUUCUGCCUUCAAUUUAUUAAAAUACUAAAACCUGCUUUCUAGCAGGAUAUACAUGUGAA